AUAAACCCUUAUGUUUCUUAAAAUGUUGUUUGAUUCCUUUGCAACCAAAGUGACUCCAAUGUCUUCUUCCUUCUUAAGGUCAAGGUACGCUCUUUCUCAUCCCUCUCCCAAUUUGUUUCUUUCACUUCGAUUCUACGCUCAGCCUUUACCCGCAUUCAUUGACAAUGUCGACAAAUGCAACUUCGACGAAUUCCAACCGACAUUGUUAAUUUGAACAUCUUGAUUAACUGUUACUGCCACCUUAGUCAUCUCAAUUUUGCAUUUUCUGUAUUCGCCAACAUCCUCAAGCUAGGUUUUCAGCCUACUACAAUAACAAUUAAUACACUUAUAAGAGGUCUAUGUAACAAUGGCAAGAUUAAAGACGCCCUUCACUUUCACGACGAUGUUAUAGCAAACGGGUUUCAACUUGAUCAUUUUAGUUAUGGGACGUUGAUUGGCGGUUUAUGUAAAAUAGGAGAAACAAAAGCUGCUUUGCAAGUUCUUAAAAAGAUUGAAGUGUCGUCGGUUAAGCCUGACGUGAUAAUGUACAGCACAAUCAUUGAUAGUUUGGGAAAAGAUAAACUUGUGGACGAUGCUUUCGAUUUAUAUUCUGAAAUGAUUGUCAAAGGAAUUUCUCCUGAUAUUAUCACUUAUAGUACUUUAGUGAAUAGCCUUUGUAUUGUCGGUCAAUUGAAAGAAGCAGUUGGUUUGUUAAAUGAAAUGUCGUUGAAAAAUAUCAGCCCCAAUGUUCGUACUUUCAGUACAUUGAUUGAUGGUUUUUGUAAGGAAGGGGAGGUGGAAAAAGCUAGAAGUGUGUUGGCUGUUAUGAUAAAACAAGGCGUGAAACCUAAUGUUAUUACUUGUACUACUUUGAUGGAUGGAUACUUCUUGGUUAAAAAAGUGAACAAGGCUAAACACAUAUUCAACUCUUUUGUUCGAAGAGGAGUGAAACCAAAUACUCAUAGUUAUACUGUCAUGAUAGAUGGAUUAUGUAAGAGUAGAAUGGUGGAUGAAGCUGUGAAUCUUUUCAAAGAAAUGCAUUUGAAAAACACGGCUCCUGAUACUAUAACAUACAAUUCGCUUAUUGAUGGACUUCGCAAAUCGGGGAGAAUUUGUGAUGUUUGGGAUCUUAUAGAUGAGAUGCAUGUCAGAGGUCUACCAGCUGAUGUGUUCACGUGCCAUAUCUUAUUAGAUGCUCUGUGCAAAAGCCAUAAACUUGACAUGGCAAUCGCAUUAUUUACAAAGUUCAAACACCAGGGAAUUCAGCCAAAUGUGUACACAUACACAAUAUUAAUUGACGGUUUGUGCAAAUGUGGAAGACUUAAGGAUGCACAAGAGGUUUUUAGGAUACUUCUAUCUAAUGGCUAUCAUUUAAAUGUUACGUCCUACACUGCAAUGAUUAAUGGAUUUCGUAAAGAGGGCUUGAUUGAUGAAGCAUUGACCUCACUGUCAGAAAUGAAAGACAACAGUUGCAUUCCGAAUGUUGUAACUUAUGAAAUUAUUAUUCGUGCUUUGUUCAAAACCGGAAAGAAUGAUAUGGCUGUGAAACUUCUUCGGGAAAUGAUUGAUAAAGGUCUAAUGUAAGAGUUAAAUUAGCCUUGCCAAUUUCUGAAAUCCAGAUUCUAUUUGACUGAGUUAUCGAUUGCAGAUUAGCGGCAUUAUUCUGGGACAGCGGCCCAGAGCAGUGACCCUCCGUUAUGGAUGAGCGGUUCACGUCUCAGUUUGACAUAGCAGACGCUAUUUAAUGUUUAGCAGAUAGCAUACUAAUGAAAUAUUUAGACAGCCUGGUUAUGAACCUGUUAUUUCGGUUGAGAGAGUUGGCUAUUAUGUUCUUGCUUUGUAUGUAUUUUCAGUGAUUAGUUUAGAUAUUUAGAUUUUAAAGUCCAAACAGACUAAUUUUGUUAUAUAUAAAAAAAAGAGACAAGGGUUCAAAUUUAAAUAAACAUAUUUUUGGAAUUUUGAG